AUGGAGUCUGUUGAGCGAGAGCCAUCGCAACGGAAAUUGUGCAACCAGGGCGUAAUGUUGCAACAACAACUCCCGGCCUUUCCCGAGGAGAGUCGCCAAAACUCAGGCACCCUCGAAGCGCCCACCAAGAAGGCCAAAACUCCGAAGUGGGUACCCAGGAUCAGCAACACCAAGCGCACAAGGAGGCAGGAGCAAGAGAGAAGAGACCAUUCGGAAAGCAGGUUUUGA